AUGGCGAGACCCCUUACAUCGCUGUUGAAAAAGGAUUCUGAAUGGAGACGGGAUAAAAAUGAAAUUGAGGCAUUUGAGAGGUUGAAAAGGGCCCUAACUGAGCGGCCUGUCUUAGCCAUUUAUAACUCUUCUGCGGAAACCCAGCUCCACACUGACGCAAGCAAGUUUGUCGAAGGUACUACGAUUGAUUUAGAAGAAAUCCGGGCUGAUGCUAGGGAUCGAAUUCAGGGACAACAGGGAAAAGAUAGGGAAGAUUUAUUUAGGGUAAUUAGGGCAGUAACCGGCAUUGAGGAACAGUCUAAGAAGUUAGAAGCAAAAUGUCAGGGGCCCUAUAGGAUUAAAAAGACUGGUCAAGGUCACCGACCAGCUUCGGAGCUAACGUCUGAUGUUAGGGACUUGUGGUUGCCGCCAAGUCACUUGGUCAUACUUAUCCAUGGCUUAGCACUGGUAUCCCUGUUCAAGGUUACUGAACAUUUUCAUGCUGAUUCAGGUCACAGAUCAGCUUGA